CCAUGACGGACUCUCCCCUUCCGCGCAUCCCGUUGGACCCGAAGGAACAGCCGAUUCUCGACAAGCUGGAAAUGAUACGGACUCAGCUCCAAUUGUUAAAACGGGACCGAUCAACUUACUUCAAAAGCCAAGAUAUUCUCAGUCUAUAUGACCAGGUCAUCGAACAAGUGAAGAUUCUGAACGAAAUCCGAGUGACGAAGCGCCUCGAGCAGAACAAGGUCGAUUAUAUGCUUGACGACUGCUUCCAGCUUAUCUCACUUGCAUAUUUGACAGUAGGCAAGAAUCAUGAGCCACCAGCCGUAUAUUCAUACAUUUCGACAAUUAAGCGUCUCCUGGAUCAUCUGAAGGAAGCAACAUUCUACUCGCCAAAAGACUUGGAAGCCCUCGACAAGAACCUGCAAGACUGCCACCGCUAUGUCGAACGAAGUCGAGACGAGCAUACCCCACAUUUACUCACUCUUCUUGAUGCUCGCAUUCAAGUAUGCGAAGAAACCUUGUCCGAGCUGAAGCUCAAUCUUUCUGGACUCACUCCCGAGCUGAAGCCAAAGUGGGAAAGGUUAGUAUCUGUAUUGAGAUGUCUGGCUGGCUGCAACACCAGAUCAAAGUUUCCCCUCGAUGAAGUCAAUGAAUACGAAAUUGAGCUCAAGCGGCUUCAAGAAGAACUCAAGGAAUAUGGCAUCUAUGCAUAUGAGACGACUGGAAGCACAGAAGAGAAGCUGGCGGAGAUGGUGGACAAGGUGCAACUCGUUGCCGCGCAUCCCGAGCCGGCGCCUGAAGCGAAGACACUUAUUGGGACGCUGUUGCGACGAAACCUACUCUGGGUCGCUUUGAUCAAGCUAAAACAAGGCCGGAUAUCACCUGCUUUCCAGGAUACAUAUGACAAGCUCCUUGCCAUUCGAAACAAGCUCGAGAAGCUCACCCUUACGCAAGCAUGGUCUCUGCGUGAGACAGAUCUCUGGGACUUCCAGCGUCAACUCGAUCGUGUUGAUGAAGCGCGGAUUGACGGCAACUUUAUCGAUGCUCUAGGGCGACCUUCGGAGAUAUACGAGCAGAGAACAUUACUCUACUUGCUCCGAAAGAACUACUCUCUCAUCUAUCAGUUGCUCCUAACCUCUGAACCAGUUUCUGAAGCGCUGCUACCAAUCUACAACCAACUAACUACUCUGCGAAAAUGCUUGCAGGAAGUGAAGAAUCUGGGUGGUGUUUCUUCACCGAGAGAACUUUACCCAUACAGCAUGAAGUUGAAUUCCAUUGACAACAUGCGCGUCGACGGCAAGUUCAUGGUCGGCGACGAGAUCCCUGAUGGGCAAGGCCGCGUGACACAACUCCUCGAGGACUGUUUCGAGCUUGCAUACGAUCUGAGAAACGACGCAGAGGAAAGCAGCUCAGCAGAUGCGACACCUCAAAGCGAGCCCCCCAACGAGUCCGUCACCGCAUAGCUUUUUCGCAACUUGACACGAUAGCGCUAUUAGAUUCGGCGUACAUUCUGGCUCUGGAGGCUUCUUCGUUUAGUUGCACUGUCCUUUCAACAGUACUCAUAUUCACAUUUACCUUUUAAUAUGGCUGUAUCAUCCAUAGUAGCUCAAUUUCCUCUUCCGGUGGGGUAGGAGGCGGCUUAUCAGCGUCCUUAAAGGUUAGAUGGC